GGCGGAGGGCGGCGCGGCGAGAGGCCUGGUCUUGCGCCUGCGCACUGCGGUCGGAGAGCCGAAGUCGCGCAGGAGCCCAGCUCAAGCUCCGCGAGGCACGCGAGUUUCGCUCCAGGGCUCCGUGGCCGAGUUAUUUUAUACAGAAAUCCUGUGAGACCACCGUGCAGGCAAGGUGAUGACUAUACAAAGAGUGGUACUGAAUUCUCGACCUGGAGAAACUGGUAGUCCGGUGGCAGAAAAUUUCCGAGUAGAAGAAGUAAAUUUACCAGAUAAUAUCAAUGAAGGACAAGUAAAGGCCAGAACUCUUUAUCUUUCUGUGGAUCCUUACAUGCGUUGUAGAAUGAAUGAGAACACUGGCACUGAUUAUUUAACACCUUGGCAGCUGUCUCAAGUGGUGGAUGGCGGAGGUAUCGGGAUUAUAGAAGAAAGCAAACACACCAAUUUUUCUAAAGGCGAUUUUGUGACAUCUUUCUUUUGGCCCUGGCAAACCAAGGUUAUUCUGGAUGGAAAUAGCCUUGAAAAGGAAAAAGGCCACGUGGCUGCUGGAUCUAAUCAGACGAUGGUUGUUAGUGCAGCUGCUGGUGCCUGUGGAUCCCUGGCUGGGCAGAUUGGCCGUUUGAUGGGCUGUUCUAGAGUGGUGGGAAUUUGUGGAACACAAGAGAAGUGCCUCAUUUUGACCUCAGAACUGGGCUUUGAUGCUGCAAUUAAUUAUAAAGAGGGGAAGGUGGCAGAACAGCUCCAUGAAUUGUGCCCAGCUGGAGUGGAUGUUUACUUUGACAAUGUUGGUGGUGACAUCAGUGAUGCCGUGAUAAGUCAGAUGAAUCAAAACAGCCACGUCAUCCUGUGUGGUCAAAUUUCUCAGUACAACAAAGAUGUGCCUUAUCCUCCUCCAUUACCCCCUGCUGUAGAAGCAAUCCGGAAAGAAAGAAACAUCACAAGAGAAAGAUACCUGGUGAUAAAUUAUAAGGACAAAUUUGAGUCUGGUAUUCUACAGCUGAGUCAGUGGUUUAAAGAAGGAAAGCUAAAGAUCAAAGAGACUAUGAUAAAUGGGUUGGAAAACAUAGGAGCUGCAUUCCAGUCUAUGAUGACAGGAGAUACUUCUGUUGGACCAGUUCAUCUCCAGAGAGGGCUUCAUCUUUGUCUGUGUCGAAAACUCCCAAAUCUACAUCUCUUUCUGGCCUCUUUACUUGUGCUUAGGACCUUUACUUCCAAUUUGCGUGCCCGAACUACUCCUCCCUCACCCAUUGAUAUGUCUGUCAAUAAGAUUUGUCUUUCUCCUUGAGAAUGCCUUUCUUAGAGAAGAGUUAAUUCCCACUGUUACGAUCAAGUUGAGUUCCUCAUCCUUUGGCAUGCAGCAGGUAUUCAAAAGUAAUUUCAAAAAGUCAAACUCAUAAAACUCUAAACAAGUGGUGGCAUCCAGCCUGGAACUCAAGUAUUCUAGCCCCAAGUCUGGACAUCCAAGAGAUCUUUACAUCCCAAUAUUUGGAACCCAGACUCUCGGGUUUCAUAUUCCAAAAAAAGUUCUACCAUUUCUGACCCCGUCCCGUAUGCAAAGCAGGGCUAGAUUCUGGAAGUUCCCUUCUGGGGCAUUAAAAGGUCCUCUUCACUGAGAACUUUGAUAAAUGUUUAAACAGUGAGCUUUU